UAUAGGGAAUACCACAGUGAAGCUGGUGACUACAUUGGGAGUGUUUGGCUUGGUUUUCCUCUUUAACGCGAUCAUGUUGGGGGUGACAGUAAGACGCGUUGUGAGUCUCCACCAGAGCAAAAAGUUUGGGCAGAGCGACAGUAACAGAGCCAAGAAGGACAUCUGUACGCUGCUCGGAGUCACCGCUCUGCUGGGCAUUACCUGGGGUCUGGUCUUCUUCUCCUUUGGCUACCUGACCACGCCUGGCCUCUACCUCUUCUGCAUCCUCAACUCACUGCAAGGUUUCUUCAUCUUCCUGUGGUUCGUGAUGUCUUUGAGAAAGAAAGGAGAUCCAUCUACUAAGAGUAGUGUAACACGCAGCAUCAACACCUAAGCACUACACCAGAGACUUUUUUGUGAUUAUGUAUGUAUGUAUACAUGUAUGUAUGUAUGAGUGUUGUGCGGAAUUAUAAAGCAAUGCUGUAAAGUUUGAUACUAUUCUUUUUUUCUUGAAAUCAUUCAUUUUAUUUACACGCAAGUAGAAAGGGGUUAACUUGGGCAGAUAACUGGUUAAGUGCCCUUUUUUAAGUGUUGUCAUUGUCAU